UAUGACAUCACGGACAGUCAGUGCAAUCUCUCUAUCAGUAAACAUGACAUCAGCACUAGUCAAUGCAACCUCACCAUCAGUCUAUGCAACCUCACAACCAGUCAAUUUAACAUCACCACCAGUCAACAUGACCUCACCACCAGUCACUGCAACCUCACCAUCAACCCAUAUGACAUCACCGACAGUCAGUGCAACCUCAUCACUGGUCACUGCAACCUCACCAUCAGUCUACACAACCUCAACACCAGUCAAUGUAACCUCACCAUCAGUCAACAUGACCACACAAAUUGUUUAUACAACCUCAGCACUCAUCAUUACAACCUCACCAUCAGUAAACAUCACCUUGCCACUCAUCAGUGUAACCUUACCAUCAAUAAACAUGACCUCACCCCUCAUCAGUGCUACCUCACCAUCAGUACAUAUGACCUCACCAUCAGUCAAUGCAACUACAACACUGGUCACUGUGACCUCACCAACAGUCAAUGAUGCCUCACCAAUAGUCAAUAUAACAUCAACGCUAGUCCAUACGACCUCACCACCGGUCAGUGUGACCUCGCAAUCAGCUAAUGGAACUUCAGCAGGAGUCAGUACGACAUCAUCAGUUGUUUUCAUGACCUCAACACCAGUCAAUAUAACCUCACAACCAGUCCACAUGACCUCACAACUAGUCAACAUGACCUCAGAAUCAGUCAGUGCAACCUCACCACUCAUCCACAUGACUUCACCAGUCAACAUGACAUCACCAUCAGCCAACAUGACCUCACCACCAAUCAAUGCAACCUCACCACCAGCCAACAUGACCUCGCCACCAAUCAAUGCAACCUCACCACCAGCCAACAUGACCUCACCACCAAUCAAUGCAACCUCACCACCAGCAAAUAUGACCUCACCACCAAUCAAUGCAACCUCACCACCACUCAACAUGACCUCACCACCAAUCAACAUGACCUCACCACCACUCACCUCAAUGCCUUUCCCAGGUAAUGCAAGCUCUACACCUGUAACUGUAACAUCAGCACCACCAGGAAACACAACUACUGGCACUCCACCUGCGACCCCAACAGCUGUAACAACCACGGAGCCAAAAAUUCAGUUGGAAUUUAAGUUGCAGCAAAAUUUUACACAACAACUUACAAACACAUCCUCACCAGAAUACCAAGCAUUAGCAAACACAUUGACAGCAGCGCUGGACAAUGUCUACUCAGCACAGUAUGGAACAAGCUUCAAUCGAACUGUCAUCAAAAACUUUAGUCCAGGAUCUGUUGUGGCAGAUGUUGAGCUCAUAUUCAAUGAUGUGUCAACACUACCAAAUGCCAGUUCUGUGGCUGAGACCAUGGUGACUGCUGCUUCAAGCUCAAACUUUUCCCUCUCUGUUGACACAACAUCUAUUACUGCAACUGCUGUUGUGGCACCAACUGAAGCCCCAGCCACUUCAACACCACCAAUCAACAUGACCUCAUCACCAGUCAACAUGACCUCAUCACCAGCCAACAUGACCUCACCACCAAUCAAUAUGACCUCACCACCAGCCAACAUGACCUCACCACCAAUCAAUGCAACCUCACCACCAGGUAACAUGACCUCACCACUAAUCAAUGCAACCUCACCACCAGCCAACAUGACCUCACCAACAAUCUAUCCAACCUCACCACCAGCCAACAUGACCUCACCACCACUCAAUGCAACCUCACCACCAGCCAACAUGACCUCACCACCAGCCAACAUGACCUCGCCACCAAUCAAUGCAACCUCACCACCUGCCAACAUGACCUCACCACCACUCAAUAUGACCUCACCACCACUCAAUGCAACCUCACCACCACCGAAUAUGACCUCACCACCAAUCAAUGCAACUUCACCACCAGGAAAUGCAAGCUCUCCACCUGUAACUGUAACCUCGGCGCCACCAGGAGUCACAACUAUUGGUGUUCCAGCUACAACCCCAACAGCUGUCACAACCACAGAGCCAAAAGUUCAGCUGGAAUUUAAGUUGCAGCAAAAUUUUACGCAACAACUUACAAACAAAUCCUCACCAGAAUACCAAGCAUUAGCAAACACAGUGACAGCAGCGCUGGACAAUGUCUACUCAGCACAGUAUGGAACAAGCUUCAAUCGAACUGUCAUCAAAAACUUUAGUCCAGGAUCUGUUGUGGCAGAUGUUGAGCUGAUAUUCAAUGAUGUGUCAACACUACCAAAUGCCAGUUCUGUGGCUGAGACCAUGAUGACUGCUGCUUCAAGCUCAAACUUUUCCCUCUCUGUUGACACAACAUCUAUUACUGCAGCUGCUGUUGUGGCACCAACUGAAGCCCCAGCCACUUCAACACCACCAAUCAACAUGACCUCAUCACCAAUCAACAUGACCUCAUCACCAGCCAACAUGACCUCACCACCAAUCAACAUGACCUCACCACCAGCCAACAUGACCUCACCACCAAUCAAUGCAACCUCACCACCAGGUAACAUGACCUCACCACCAAUCAAUCCAACCUCACCACCUACCAACAUGACCUCACCACCACUCAAUGUAACCUCACCACCAGCCAACAUGACCUCACCACCACUCAGUGCAACCUCACCACCAGCCAACAUGACCUCACCACCACUCAAUGCAACCUCACCACCACCGAAUAUGACCUCACCACCAAUCAAUGCAACUUCACCACCAGCCAACAUGACCUCACCAUUAGUUACCAUUACACCUUUGCCAGGUAAUGCAAGCUCUCCACCUGUAACUGUCACAUCAGCACCACCUGGACUCACAACAAUUGGUGCUCCAGCUACGACCCCAACAGUCACAACCACAGAGCCAAAAGUCAAGUUGGGAUUUAAGCUGCAGCAAAAUUUUACGCAACAACUUACAAACACAUCCUCACCAGAAUACCAAGCGUUAGCAAACACAGUGACAGCAGCGCUGGACAAUAUCUAUUCAGCACAGUAUGGAACAAGCUUCAAUCGAACUGUCAUCAAAAGCUUCAGUCAAGGAUCCGUUGUGGUAGAUGCUGAGCUGAUAUUCAAUAAUGUGACUACACUACCAAAUGCCAGUUCUGUGACUGAGACCAUGGUGACUGCUGCUUCAAGCUCAAACUUUUCCCUCAGUGUCAACACAUCAUCUGUUACUGCAACUGUUGUUUUAGCACCAACUCAAGCCCCAGCCACAGUUGCACCUUCAACGCCACUAGCCAACAUGACCUCAGUCCAACCAGUCUCUACAAUGUCACCACCAGGCAAUGCAACCUCCCCACCCAUAAAUGGAACAUCAGCGCAGCCAGUUAUCACAACUGGUACUUUGCCUAUAACAACAGCUGCCCCAGCAGCAGACUCAAAGAUCAUGUUGGGAUUUAAGUUGCAGCAAGCCUUUACAGCAGAGCUUGCAAACAAAUCCUCUCCAGAGUUCAAGGUUUUAGAAAACAAAGUAAAAACAAUACUUGAUCAUGUCUACAGCAACAGAUAUGGAAGCAAUUUCCUUCGAUCUAUUAUCAACUCUUUCAGUCAAGGUUCAGUCGUGGUAGAUUCUGAGCUGAUAUUUAAAAACGCCAGCUCAGUGCCAGAACCAAGUGCUGUGGCAAAUGUUCUGGUGGAGGCAGUAUCCAACAGUUCCAACUUCUCCCUGCCAGUGAAUACAUCAAGCAUUGCUGCAACAAGAAUUAGCACAUCGACCGCUGAACCUACAUCUGUUUCGGCUAUGCCUAUUACCUCAGCUGCUGCCAAUGUCACAGCUUCUCCAACCCAAGCUCCUAAUGCUACAGCCGGACCCUCUGCAGCUCCCAAUGCUACAGCUGGACCCUCUGCAGCUCCCAAUGCUACAGCUGGACCCUCUGCAGCUCCCAAUGCUACAGCCGGACCUUCUACAGCUGCAACAGCUCCAACUGCUGCUCCCAAUGCAACAGCCGCUACCGAUGCCGCACCAACUACUUCAUCAACAGAUCCUCCUUCAUCCACUGAGGGAACUCUAGGUCUUAUUUUUAGUCUCAGCCAAAAUUUUACAUCAGAUCUUGCAAAUUCAUCCUCAACAGCGUUUCAGACUUUAGCUGCAAAAGUUGUUCAAGAGCUAAACAAAGUCGGUAAAAGUCUGUAUGGAUCAUCUUUCAGUCGCUCCUUGGUUAACGCAUUCAGAAGUGGAUCAGUGGUUGCUGACACGACCCUUGUGUUCAAGGAUAAGAGCUCAGUCCCUUCAGCAAGCAAUGCAACUUCACAAUUAAGCAGUGCACUUAGAAGCAACUCCAGCUCCCUGAAUGUCAUAGCAGGCAGUGUUAAUGCGACUUCCUCUUCCUCUGCUGCUGCUUCCACCGCUGCACCUACUGUUACAUCUGCCCCGACUGCAGCUCCUAACGCAACAGCUGCCCCCACUGCAGCCCCGACAGCGGCUCCCAAUGUUACAGCAGCUCCAACUGCAGCUCCUAAUGCUACAGCCGCCCCGACAGCAGCUCCAACUGCAGCUCCUAAUGUUACAGCAGCUCCAACUGCAGCUCCUAAUGCUACAGCCGCCCCGACAGCAGCUCCAACUGCAGCUCCUAAUGCUACAGCUGCCCCGACUGCAGCUCCAACUGCAGCUCCAACUGCUACAGAGGCUCCAGCUGCUGCUACUAAUGCUACAGCUGCUACCACAACUGCAUCAACAGAUUCUCCAUCAUCCAGCGAGGGAACCCUUGGCCUUAAAUUUAGUCUCAACCAAACUUUUACAUCAGAUCUCUCCAACUCAUCCUCAACAGCGUUCAAGACUUUGGCUGCAAAGGUGGUCAAAGAGAUUAACAACAUAUCCUCAGGUCUCUAUGGAUCAUCUUUCAGUCGCUCCAUUGUUAACGCAUUUACGAGUGGAUCCGUGAACGUCGACAUGACCCUUGUGUUCAAAGAUAAGAACUCAGUUCCUUCAGCAAGCAACGCAACCUCACAAUACAGCAGUGCGCUUACGAGCAGCUCCUCCCUGAACGUCAUAUCGGGCAGCAUCUCUGCAGAGUCAACGUCAACGUCAAGCAGUCCUCCUCACCCCACAGUGGUUUCAUUGGCAGUUUUUUCAUUAACACUGCUGGCACUGGCACAGAUACUGACAGACUUAUAACCGGCACCCAAGGCAGAUGCGCUGACUCCGAUAGCUCUUACUUUGCUAUCAGUGGUGGUAAAAAGCAGUGUACCAACUGACCAAAAACAAAAGACAUAAGUGUGCAUAAUGAAAUUUACUAUGUGUCAUGUGGUAAAAAGAUGUGUACUGUGUGUCAAAGAUUAGGACAGUUUUUCAGUAUUUUCCACAUUUGAUGUUGAAGUACAGUCACUUGUGUUUCACUUCCAUUUUUUUUAAAGAACUAAUCAUUAACUUUGUAAUUUAAAAAUACCAUAUUUGAUUUUUUCUUUUUUUUCUCCUUUUUUUAACAGACGCCAUUCAAUUUUUUUGUUUUGUAAAUGCUUCUUUAUAUGCUACUUUUCAUUGUUAACAUUUAAAAAUGCAAAUAAAUAGAGAAUAUUGCAAAUAUUUAUUUCCAAUUAAAAGCACUGUACAAUUUAACAGGAUUUUUGAAUGAAUGAAUGAAUGAAUGAAGGAGUGCAGUCAACGCAACGUGGUGCAAAACGCCACGGGUGUGGAGGUGACAUGAACUACAUCUGAGACCAACCAUUAGUUUAUUUUGAACAUAUUAAGUCAUACAGUAAAGACGAUCUUUUCCUUUACUUGACCACAUAGUUUUACCCUAACGACACCGCAGUCGCCAUGGGUAGGAAAAAAUGCUGGCAUUGAACAUUCAAAUAAGUUGCCACUGCGCAUAACUUUGGGUUUAGCAGAAUCAUCCAGUAUCAAGUGAAUACAGUGGCAAGUUGAUUGCUGAUUGCAAGUUUGAAAAUGUCCAGGUACUAUCAAAAAAUUUGGAAAGAUUAUUGUUUAUAAUUGAACUCUGGUUCUUCCUGUACUUUUUUGAGAAGGGGAAUAAAAAUGUGUAUCUUUGUUAACCGAAGUAUUUUCUUCUUCUCCUUUUUUUUAUUUUGCCUCUCUCUGUAUUUUUAAAAUAUGAUAUUAAGUCAAGUCAAGUCAA